GGAGAGGCCCCCCGCAGAGCUGCGCCCGAGGAAGCGCCCCAGCCAGCGCGGCGCCAAGGACGCCCAGCCCCGUCCCCGAACCAGCGCCAGAGAGAGCAGCCGCGCCGCGCCCGCCUCUGGGGCCGAGCAGGAUGUUCGUCAAAGCCGAGACGCUGGAGUUGAAGGAGGAGGAGGAGGUGCUGAUGCUGCUGGGCUCGGCUUCCCCGACCUCGGCGACCCUGACUCCCAUGUCGUCCAGCGCGGACGAGGAGGAGGAGGAGGAGCUGCGGCGACCGGGCGCCGCGCGUGGGCCUCGCGGGGCGGAGGGCGGGCAGGGGGGACAGGGCGGUUCGGCGUCGGGCGCCGGGGGUUGCCGGCCGGCGCGCCUGCUGGGGCUGGUGCACGAGUGCAAGCGGCGCCCGUCGCGCGCUCGGGCCGUCUCGCGAGGCGCCAAGACGGCGGAGACGGUGCAGCGCAUCAAGAAGACCCGCCGGCUGAAGGCCAACAACCGCGAGCGCAACCGCAUGCACAACCUGAACGCGGCGCUGGACGCGCUGCGCGAGGUGCUGCCCACGUUCCCCGAGGACGCCAAGCUCACCAAGAUCGAGACGCUCCGCUUCGCCCACAACUACAUCUGGGCGCUCACCGAGACCCUGCGCCUGGCGGACCACUGCGCGGGCGGCGGCGGCGGCGGCCUCCAGGGGGCGCUCUUCUCCGAGGCCGUGCUGCUGAGCCCCGGAGCCGCGCUGGGCGCCGGCGGAGACAGCCCUUCGCCCUCCUCCUCCUCCUCCUCCUCCUGGAGCUGCAGCAACAGCCCCGCGUCCUCCUCCAACUCCACGUCGCCCUACAGCUGCACUUUAUCGCCCGCUAGCCCCGGCUCGGACGUGGACUACUGGCAGCCCCCGCCUCCGGAUAAGCACCGUUACGCACCUCACCUGCCCCUGGCCAGGGACUGUAUCUAGAUCCGCGGUUUCCCCACUUCUGGUCCUCUACCUGCCUCUCCUCCCACCCUUCUCCCGCCCCCACCCUCCACGCCCAGGACCCCGCCGUGCGCACGUAGUCGUCGCCUUCGGCUGUGGGAGACCUGCUCUGAUUUAUGGAAGAUGUGAGGAUUUAUGAUCAGAGAUGAUUGUGGCGUGCGGGGUUGGGGUGGGGCGGGGGACACGGGGAGGGGGGAACUUCGUGAGACUGUAAAGACACGGAGAAAAGAUGACGGGGGCCUUAACCAACUAAAAGUUUGCAGAGCGGCCUGACGCUCCUCCCUCUCUGAGCUGCUGGAGGACAAGUCCAGCGCGGCAGUUCGUGUGAAUCUCGCAGAGGGAACGCAACUGGUCCCUGUGAUCUUUUCACCUUCGUUUCUACAUAGAGAUGUUAAUGUCAGUCGAAAGAAAUGUAUCUUAGCAUCUGAAUGAAUUUACCGGUAAUAAUAUUAUCCACACAUUUGCAAUGGCUGGCAUCUGCUCUAUUCCCAUUGCUGUCUGCAGGCUGUGGGAAUUUCACCUGUCAAACCAAACUUUCCCUCUCUGAUGUGCACUUUGUUCGUUUUCCCAGAUUCGUCACAAUGCCUAUUGUCCCGCCCUUCUCUUUCCUUUUUUUCUCCAUUUUGCCAUCUGUCUCUUAUGAUUUAUAAGGGGAAAAACUUGUUUUGUUAGAGGGCCAGGUUAGAAGUCAUUGUAUAAUUUGUAGGCUUUUGUAAGGAUUGAAUGCAAGCGUGGAAAUUUAGGCUGAACUCUCUAUCAAAAGGAAAAAUGUGAAGGAAAAGGGAAAAAUCGGGAGGGAGGAUUGCUUCAUGCAUUAUUUAUCUCGACCUUUUAGGGGAGAAGGAACUCCCCCAUCCUUUCAGGAGAUUAAAAAUAAAUCAACAGUCUGAAAACCUAAGCAGACACGGGGCAUUACCAGGGUCAGCCACACGCGUGUUCCCUUCUAUUUAUUUUGAAGAAAAAUUUCAUGGGAAAAGUAUGUAUUUUUUUGUAUAUUCUACAGAGUUUAUUCUAGUAUGUAUUUACAUCUUGAAGA